GUGCAACCCGCAGUGAUGUGCAGUGAGAAGCAGGCGUGGUGAAGCAUGCAGUGCUUGGGGGAGGGAUCCUUUGCUCCACAUCCCUGAGUGCCACCCAUGGUGCUUUCUCCCAAAGAUGCCCAGCAGUGCGGCUCCCAUUGCACAGCUCAGGGUGCUGCUGUGGCUGCUGCUCGUGCUGUCCCUGCUGGCAGGAUGCAUCCCCGCUCCCUGCCUGGAGGUCAUCCCCAGCAUAGCUUUCAGAUGCACAGGACAGAACAUCUCUGGAGUUCCUGCUGAAAUCCCAAACACCACCCUAGACUUGGACCUCAGUUUCAACAAUCUGAAAUCGCUGAGCUCAAAUUAUUUUUCAUCAGUACCUGAACUGCAGCUUCUGGAUCUUUCAAGGUGCCACAUCCAUGCAAUAGAAGAUAACACUUUUGUGGAUCUUUAUAACCUUUCUACCUUAAUUUUAACUGCCAAUUCCCUCCAGCAUCUGGGUCUGGCAGCCUUCUAUGGCUUAACGUCUCUGAAAAAACUAGUAUUGGUGGAAACCAGCAUAUCCUCUCUGUCUGACCUACCCAUCGGACACUUGAAUACCCUGCAGGAGCUGAAUCUGGGCCAUAACAACAUUACUUCAUUGAAGCUUCCUAAGUAUUUUGCCAACCUGACCUCUCUCAGGCACCUGAGCUUUUCCUCCAAUAAUAUUACAUAUAUCUCCAAAGGGGACCUUGAUGCCCUGAGGGAAACCAACAGGCUCAACCUCACAUUGGUACUUUCUAUGAACAAUAUAAAAUACAUCCAGUCAGGAUCCUUUGCAAAGAUUCACCUUGGUGAACUGGUUCUGAGAUCCUCUUUUGAGAACCUCCAUGUGAUGCACUCUUCUCUUCAGGGCCUGGCAGGUUUACAGGUCAACAGACUAAUAGUUGGAGAAUUCACUAACAUUAUGAAAAUGACAGCAUUUCAGAACGGACUCUUGAGUGGACUGUGUCAGGUACAGAUGCAGGAGUUUGUCUUAAUGUGUUUCAGAGAGUUUGAGAAUGACACAGACACUCUUUUUGACUGCAUAGGCAAUGUCUCCACUAUUAGGUUGGUAGACCUUAAUCUUGGAACGUUGUCAGAGGUUCCUAUGUUUUCUCAAGUGAAACGUCUGGAAUGGAAGAAAUGUAAGUUUCAGGAAUUGCCUGCUGAGAAGCUCUCUCUUUUUAAGGAGUUGAGAGUGCUUCGUAUUACCAAGAGCAAAGACCUAAAUAGCUUCGAGCAAAACUUUGGGAGUCUAACUUACUUGGAAGUCGUUGAUUUGAGUGCGAAUCGUCUCUCCUUCCUUACCUGCUGUUCCCCUAAGUUUCCCGGCUCUCCAAAUUUGAAACACUUGAACCUAAGCUUCAAUUCUGACAUCAGUUUGACUGGAGAUUUUGCUAAUCUGAGAAAUCUGCUAUACUUGGACUUUCAACACACAAAGUUAAUUCAUCAUGGCACCUACCCUGUCUUUCUAGUCCUUCAGAAACUCAUUUACCUUGAUAUCUCCUACACCAAAACUCAUGUUAUAUCCCAUCAUAUCUUUCAUGGCUUGAACUCUUUGCAAGUGCUCAAGAUGGCAGGCAACUCCUUUGAGAACAAUACACUGAUCAACCACUUUGAAAACGUAAGACGCCUCCGCAUCUUGGAUAUUUCAAGUUGCAAAUUAGUAUGGGUGGACCAAAGUACAUUUAACGCACUUUCUGAACUAAAAGAGCUAAUCAUCAGCAACAACAAGCUAUUGACUUUUGAUCCUGUAACCUACAGGCCACUCCAAGCCCUCACAUCCCUGGAUUUCAGCAACAACCAGUUGAGUUUUCUGUCAGACUCAGCCCUGGAAAUCCUGCCUGACAGUCUGGUCUUGCUAGACAUUUCUCAUAACUUAUUCGAAUGCUCCUGCAUACACUUGAACUUCCUGAAAUGGGUCAAGGAAAAGCAGGAUCUACUGCAGAACAAGCGUUCGAUGAUAUGCCACACACCUGCCUACAUGAAGAAUGUGAGCCUGUUAAACUUCGAUAUGUCCUCUUGCCAUCCCAACCCAACCACAGUAGCAUGCUCAGUGAUUGUUUUGCUUGCUGCAGGAAUAUUUCUAUUCCUCAUUUAUAAGUACUACUUCCAGCUAUAUUACUUAUUGGUGCUGCUCAGUGGGUAUAAACACUCUGCAGAAAGGGGAGAUACCUAUGAUGCCUUUGUUAUCCAUUCCAGCAAAGACCAAGAAUGGGUGAUGAAAGAGCUGGUGGAACCCUUAGAAGAAGGAAAACCUCCCUUCCAGCUUUGUCUUUACUACAGGGAUUUUUUACCAGGGGUACCCAUUGUCACUAAUAUAAUCCAAGAAGGUUUUCUGAGUAGCAGAAAUGUCAUUGCAGUCAUCUCAGCUGACUUUCUGGAAAGCAAGUGGUGUAGCUUUGAGUUUGACAUUGCUCAGUCCUGGCAGCUUGUUGAAGGGAAGGCUGGAAUCAUCAUGAUCGUACUAGGGGAAGUGGAUAAGACCUUGCUGAGGCAGAGGCUGGGACUGUCCCGAUAUCUGAGGAGGAACACUUAUCUGGAGUGGAAAGACAAGGAAAUCAGCAGGCAUAUCUUCUGGAGGCAGCUGAUGUCAGUCCUGCUAGAAGGCAAAAAAUGGAAUCACGAGGAGAUAAAACUCAUGUAAAGAGAAAGAAACAUCACUUCUGUCCUGUCUCCCACCCAAGCCCUGGCUGAUGUUUGAUGCUCAGAAGCUGGUACUUCUGUGGCUGUUCAGGGUUGGACAAAGUGAAGAGAGGCAAUGUAAAAGCACUACAGAAACACCUACUUUGAUGACUGCCCUUCCUCCAGGCAGCUAUCAAGAAAAGCAGUGGCAACAGCUGAAAAAACUGCAGAUGCCUGAGCUCUGUGGUUGUCCGUAGCAAUCAGCUGAAGCUGGUCCAGCAAUCCAUGCAGGGAUCAGUGGACAGAUUUGAGAAUGGAUGGGCUGUUCUUACCUCUGAAACUCAGCUUUGCUUAGGGGGAAUUCAGUCUGCCACUAUGAGCGGACCCUGGGGUUUCCAGGGGAGAGUGAAGGUACAGAACUAUUGGCUCUCAACUCUAAACAUGAUAGGAAAAGAAACAAGAUUUAGGUCUUUAGGUCUGGGUUAGCAAUACUGAAAGUACCCCAUCACCACCGUGACUAAAAGGAAGGAAAGUUUAAUGCCAUUGAAUCAUAGUACAGAGCAAUUUAUUGACGUGUUGGAUAUUGAAUACUGUUGGAGUAUUGCUCUCUAUUUACGGAAGGCUUUGGUUGGGAUUAAUCACUGAAUUAGUCUAGUCUUAAACUUGCAAAUCCCUCUUAAUCAAUGCCGUUCUACAGAGGUAAAACAGAAGCAAUUGAGUGAUGAAUCAGACUUGAUAUUUUCUCAGAAGAAAGGGCCUGAUCCAUCUCACUUUUCUAAGCACCAGAUAGCAACAUCUCUGUGGUAGCCAGCGAUAGGUGAGAUUGACUUCAGACAUUAUUUGCAAAAGACGGAAAGCUAAUUUCAGGGCUUGUGCUGGAAAAAGCUGCACCACAGUCCCCUCUCUGCGUGUUCUGUCAGUAGUGUAUUGGGAUAACACUAACAAAAAUCUCACAGCCCUCCCUAAGGUCGUCUAUGACCCACGAGACAAAGCUUUAAUAAAACCAAGCUGGAUGCUGCGUUUGCUUACCUGGACAGUUUGUUUUUCGGUUCCAAAGUGCAAUGCUCCUCACCUCUGCCUUGAUCAAUGUGCCCUGAGCUCUGCAGCUCACAGCACCCCCAGACCCUCACCCAGGGCAGGGGAUGGGAUGGGCUAUGGGAGGUAGAGCUGGGAUACAGGCCCAGCUCUAGGUUCCUUGCAUCAAGGCUACUGGAGAGUAUGGAAGAAAAGCAAGUAUUAGCCUGGAUAUCAUCAGUUACAUCAGAAAAAGAAUGAGGUAUAAUGAAAUGGGGUGCUCCUGAGUUGAGCAGUACGGAAGCAGCACCUCUCCAUCCUUCUUUGUGUCUCUUCUGCAAACAGUUCAGUGUGUACGUAUUUCUGGCACGGAGAACAGCAUCCUAUGAUUCUUGAUUGUAAUUGUAAUAAUGGGCUUCAGAAAGCCUGCAAGUGGUUCUGAGCAUCGCAAUAAGGGUUUAGGCCAGUAUUGUUUAAAAAGGAAUGGUUUAUUGAAUAUCAAAACAACUUUAGGAGGAGAGCAGGGGUGAUGCAGAGAGGAGGCUCCCACCUGUACAAAGAAAGCAGAAGGCAGUCACGUGGCAUCCUCGUCCUCUUCAAACACUCUUGGGGUCUCCACAGCAGAGGCAGAUUCAUGAAUUGCCCUGGGCUUUCUUGCUGCCCAAGACAAAGAACAAAAGCCAAAAUGGAUUCAGGAAAGGGUGAGGGGGGAGAGAUUGUGAGGCAGAGCCUGGAGCAGAGACCCUUGUUCAGAAAACAAGGGAAACAGAUGAGGCUUAUCCUCUGUGAGCCCAGUCAACACCAUACCUGUUUCCCUUGAUACAUUUAGAUAUUCCCUUGGCCUCAAUAACAGUCAGUGCUUAGAAGACACAAGCUGAUUUAUUUUAUUGCCAAAUCUUCAGCAUCAGAAGCAGGAUAUACAUUCCUGCGAGGCAUGAUGCUCAGCAGAACAGUGUGGCAGAAGACAAGAACAGCCCAUGUUGGGGUGCAGUGCCAAGCUGCUGUGUGCUGUAGGUGUCCACCUGUCACUGCAGGCUCCCAUGCUCCCAGCUGUCCUCCCUUCCCAACCCGACCUGCCACCAAAAAGUACUCUGUGGUUUAUGAGCUGAGGAGAGAAAGGCUGAGAACAGUUGUAUUUUCACUAUUUACCUGGCAGAGAAAGAGUAGACUUGGCUUUCCUAGAAUCAUUAUGGUUGGAAACGACCUCUAAGAUCCCCAAGUCCAACCUCAGCCCACCCCACCACGUCCACUGAUGUCCCUGGGCAGCCUGUGCCAAUGCAUUACCACUCUUCUGAGAAGAAGUGUUUCCUAAUAUCCAACCUGAACU